AUGUGGUGUGAGAAGAAGGCCAUGGAAUCUCAAAAACCAAAAAAUGAGCCUUUAAUUUACCACAAGAGUUUUCAUGAUGAUAGGUUUUUUGUGUUUAGAGUGAAAAGGUCUGCUGGGCGUGUGGACAGAGAUCAGGAUGACAGUGCAGAGAGGGGUCUCGGUGACACUACCGUACCACUGCGACUCAAAGUACAGGGACACCAUCAAGCAUUGGUGCAUGGGGUAUCUGUGGAACAGCGCAUAUGGCCUCGGCAAAGGGCAGAGAUCAGGAUGACAGUGCAGAGAGGGGCUUCGGUGAUGGAACCGUACCACUGCGACUCAAAGUACAGGGACACCGUCAAGCAUUGGUGCAGGGGGUAUCUGUGGAACAGCGCGUAUGGCCUCAGCAAAGGGCAGAGAGUGAGUGAUAGUCUUCAUGGGCUGUCUGUCCCCGACGCCAUGGUGGCCAGUGUUGCUGGGGGUAAUGACAGCGGGUUUGACACGCACACCCUCAUCAGCGACAGUGGGAGGGGGGUCUUUGCCGUGAUACUCAUAGAGCUGGAAGGGAAAGACCAAGGCUGGCACUGUGUACUGCUGGUGAUGAGCAGGUCCCUGUACAUCCAACAGCCUAUGGAACCCAUAACCAGAUACUAG